GCUUCGAGGCGAGGGUUGCCCCGAGAGCGCGCAGCCGCAGGCCAGUCGCUCCACGAAUCAGGAAGCACCCUGUCGCCCCAUCUUGGCGCAAAGGCUGCCAAGGCACCGCUGCCAGAAUCGCCGAGAGGAGCCAGCCGUAAGCCUGCUGCUUCUGACAGCUCUCCGCUUUUGCUUGACGACAUGGGCGAUGAUCCUGUCGACGACAAUAAGAGCGCACAGGAAGUGGCUUCCACGUCGAGGCGUCUCUUUGAAUCUCCCCAGUGCGAGCGUCGCGCGUACGGGGAGAAUGCGAAGCACCAGAUCCAUGAGGCAGCUGGCAUCCAUCACGGGAGUGCUGAACGGCUUUGGCGCUCUUCGUCAGAUCAUCCACCGAGCCCGUCGGAAACUGUUGCCAGCUCGGCUUGGUCUCUGAGAUCCAGGCGUUACCGAUCUGGAAACCCGCUGAGCAGUCAGCACCUGGAGACGCUGCAGUCCUUCGCAGAGCAGCAGCAGUUGCAAGAGCGCAGAGAUUACAACGCAAGGAACUUCCGCAAGGCUUUGGCGGGUGUAGGCGUCGUGGUCCCAGUUGCGAGCGCGAAGGCUUUGACAGAAGCCUCCGGGCCUAUCCUCGCAACUCCUCAACGUCGCCGCUCGCCGCGGGUUACGACGACGCCGGAGAAAGACAGCUGGGAUGAUCGAACUUCCUGCGCAAGGACAUUCGAUGGCCUGCCGCUCCGAACAAUUCGGCAAGUCGCCAAGUGA